ACCAACGAGAGGAAGACAAGGAAGUAGAAGCAGUAACCCAACACAUCCAUCACUGGAGCAAAGACACAACAGGGUACACAUCUGGCUCAAUUGAAGUAAAAACAUGGGCAGACGCUACCAUCACAUUGUAUACUCGGAAUCCUCCACUGGUCCCAAAUGCGUGGUGGCGAUGAGCUCUUCCUGCCCGGGGCUGUACUGUGGACGGCUGAUGGUCAAUGGGUCAGUGGAGCGGGAGUGUGGUGUGUGCCCUCGGGGAGAGAGAACCAACCUCCAAAAGGCCUGUGAGCGCUGCACAGAGACCCCGGAGCUCUACGACUGGCUGUACCUGGGCUUCAUGGCCAUGCUGCCCCUGGUCCUGCACUGGUUCUUCAUCGAGUGGUACUCGGGGAAGAAGAGCUCUAGUGCUCUGCUCCAGCACAUCACGGCUAUGGUGGAGUGUGGGGUCUCAGCCGUGGUCACCCUGCUGGUCACUGAGCCCAUCGGGCUGCUCAGCAUCCGCUCGUGUCGUGUCCAGAUGCUCUCAGACUGGUACACCAUGCUCUACAAUCCCAGUCCGGACUAUGUUACCACAAUGCACUGUACACAGGAAGCUGUCUACCCACUCUAUACAAUGGUAUUGAUCUACUACGCAUUUUGCCUGGUGCUGAUGAUGCUACUGCGCCCUCUGCUGGUGAAGAAGAUAGCCUGUGGUCUGGGAAAGUCUGAUCGCCUGAAAAGUGUAUAUGCGGCACUGUAUUUCUUCCCAGUACUAACUGUAUUACAGGCGGUUGGAGGAGGUUUGCUGUAUUAUGCAUUUCCUUACAUCAUACUCGUCCUCUCGCUUGUUACCCUGGCUGUUUAUAUGUCCGCAUCAGAGAUUCAGUCUUUGAAAAACCUGAUUGCAAAGAAGAAACGCCUUGUUGUUCUGCUUAGCCAUUGGAUAAUUCAUGCUUAUGGUAUCAUCUCAAUCUCCCGUUUGGACAAGUUGGACCAGGACCUUCCGCUACUGGCACUGGUACCUGGCCCCGCCCUGUUCUACCUGCUGACAGCCAAGUUCACAGAGCCCAGUCGGAUACUGUCUGAGGGGGCUAAUGGACAUUGAUGUUUGGAGAAAUGUAUUGGGAAAAAAAACACAUUGUGUAUAAUGUUCAUGUUACGAGCAACCCUCAUCAUUACAGGAAUGAUACAAAAAUUUUAAAAUUGUUGAAUGGGUUUUUAAAAGGGUAAUCUUGGAUUCUAUGACAAAAACAGCAAUAGAAUCUAAAAAAAAUUUACCCAUGUCUAAAUUAUUUAUUUAUUCGAAUUUUCCAACAAUUAAUCUUCUAUUCCCUGAUUUUAAGGAUACAUCUCUAAAUAGUGUUUGAAUGUUAAAUUACUUAAUUUAAUUACCAUCUUCACAUCCUUUCUGAGUGUGAAAGAAUAUGAUCAUCUUUAUCUUUGUGGUAGGGAGUGUAUCUACAUGUUACUGUUUACCAGGUGAACUGGUAAAGAGCAUGGCGGCUCAUUUGAGACGAUUGACAUUUUAGAGCAAAUGCAUGAGCUGUGUUAUAAUCUUAUAUUAAGUAAGAGCAGUAAACGUUGUUGCCUGUAGUUUAUUUUGUUUCCUUAUUGACGUGCUGUAUUUUUAAUUUUCCUUUGACAUUGUAUAUAUUAAAUUCUUAUCAUUUUAAGCAUACAUUUUAAGCAUAAAUGUCGUUCAAGAUGUAAAUAUAUACAAAAUAUGACUACUCCUUCAAAAUAUGUUGUAAAUGGGCCGAAGAUGUUUCACAGUGUAUACAUAAUAACUUAAUCCAGGUUUAUUACAAUUAUUCGAGAUUUUCUAUUAUUCCACAUAAGUUGAGCAUUCUGAGCUUUCCCUUUGUCUAUCUUGGUAAAAAUUAAGGGGAUUUAUUACAUCAGAGAUAUUCCAACAGAAGAAAAAACAAAUGUUUUCCAAAAUCUGUUAAUAGAGGGUCUCAUAUUUCUUGAUUUGGUGCUUUGUUCAGGUGGAUUUAAUGAUUUAUGGGCUUCAUCUGACUGAUAAGAAAUCAAAAGCUUUAUGAAAUGUAUCACACUAUAAAAAGACCACAAAACCACAAAAUUACAACGCAGGUUUAACAGUCAAAAUGAUGCAGUCACCAGCGCGUUGCAGUAGUCGAGGCGGGAGAUGACGAGUGCUUGGGCCAGGUCUGGAGAUGUGCUGUUUGGCUCGUGAGAAAGGGCCGGAUCCUGCGGAUGUUGUAGAACAAAUGUUUAUUGUUAAAAUGUUAAUUUGACAAAUGGACGGGGGGUUAGGGUGUCUACGCAAGAGAAUUUAAAAAAGAUGUGUUGUUGAAGCAGCAAAACGUUGGGUUGUCUGCAACAACUACACACAAACCCAAAUUUAAAUUAGGCAACUUAUAUUUCUUCCAUGCAACUUUUAUUAAUGAAGUUAUCAGAUUUCCAUCAAUCACCCUUAAAUUGUUAUUUAUUUCACCACGACAAUGCUUUGGUCGGGGGUGAAUAUCCCUGUGGAACAUAGAAAUGUUUGAUUUGGAAACCCAAUAGAAUAAAUAAUAAUAGGAGCGGUAUAAUAGGCCUACAGACCAUUGCUGUAACGAUGUUUGUGCUUGGGUCUGAGCCUGUCAGCCACCGUGGACGUCCAAUCACGCCUCCCUCUGGAACGUCCUCACAGCAACAACAUUACCAAUCUUGCAUUUCUGUGAUGGAACGGCAGGUAAGGAUGAGUGAAUAGGAGUGAGACCCA